AUCAGUCACCUAGAAAAAGGAUGAGCGAAACCAAAAUACUCGAUUUCGUAUAAAAACGAUCGACCGCUUAUCGAUGAGUAUCAAUCAGUUAACAAUUCUUCACUUGAAACAAAACCAAACCAAAACCACCCAAUCCAAAAUGUUCACCAAACUUUUCUUCAUCGCCACCCUGGCCAUCGCCUGUGCCAACGCCAAACCCGGUCUGCUCGGUGCCGCUGUGGGCCCAAUUACCUACUCAGCCCCACUGCUGGCCAGCCCUGCUGUGGCCUAUACUGCCGGCUAUGCUAACGUAGGAGACUCCGCUGUGGUCACUUCCCAUAACUCGCAGGUCAUCAAUCCGGCCUACGCCGCUUACACUGCCCCUUCCCCCUUUGCUUAUGCCGCUGCUCCUCUGUCUUACGCCGCUGCUCCAGCUCUGGCCGCGCCACUAGCUGCUCAAUAUGCUGCCCCACUCGCUUACUCCACUCCUUUGGCUGCCAGAUAUGUGCUGUAAAUAGGAACGAGCCUGGCCCAGGACGAUUGUUGUGAUUCGUGCAUUAUGAGUUGAUCUCAUCGAUAACUGUGUAAAGCUAUGAAUUUGCAUUUUCGGUGCAACGAAGCAAAAAUAUCUGAAAAUAUCCGCCCACAGAGGAAACACACAAAGAUACAAUAAAAAUCAUCGAGUAUCUCGAUGUUACAUGAAGCAACUA